CCACGGGCACUGGGACAGACAUUGAAUCGUCUGGCUCGACAGCGGGCACCGCGUCAUCUGGCAAGGCAGUGGGCUCCGAGUCAACAGGCACGACAGUGGGCACCGGUCAUCAGGUACCGGAUUGUCUGGCUCGACAGCAGGCAUCGGGUCACCAGGUAUGACAGCGUGGGCACUGGGUCACCAGGCAUCAGGUCAUUUGGCUUGCCAGCGGGCACCGCGUCAUCUGGCAAGGCAGUGGGCACCGGGUCUCCAGGCAUUGGAUCGUCUGGCUCGACAGCGGGCAUCGGGUCACCAGGCAUCAGGUUCAUUUGGCUUGCCAGCGGGCACCGCGUCAUCUGGCAAGGGCAGUGUGGGCACCGAGUCACCAGGUACGACAGCGGGCUCUGAGUCAAUUGGCACGACAGCGGGGCACCGGAUCAGGUACCGGAUCAUCUGGAUCAACAGCGGGCAUCGAGUCAACUGG